UUGCGAGGGUGGGAUACGGACCGGGCUCCUCCCCUCCUUGUACCCGCUCAACUCUCAUUGAAAACACCACACACGGCUGUUGCUGAACGGAGUGCUCCUCUUCUUGGAGCAAAGCAUUUGAUGUCCUCUGACUGUGGAUUGCAUCAAACGACGCGCAUAACAUUGAAAAGUGAAAAGGCAACUGAAAGAAAUUCUACAGGUGCUGACGGACGUCUGGCCGGUGGAAGCACAGAGAUCAGUACUUCAGAGGAGAGCAGGUCUUGCACAUGCUCAGUCACGAUGCUCAUCUGACCCACGGCAGAUUGCCUGGCAGGCAAAGCUGAUCUCAGUUAGAACCAUGAAGAGACUCCUUCGCUAGAGACGGAUGGUUCGGGAAUGAUGGAUGUCCCCAAUGGCCAAUCAAAUGUCUCUGCUUCUGCUAUCACGGCCUCCGAGAAGAGCUGCAGCUUGGAGUCCCUGAGUGACAAGGGCUCCUCGGAGCUGAAGAAGAGCUUUGACGCGGUCGUCUUUGACGUGCUGAAGGUCACUCCCGAGGAAUAUGCUGGCCAGAUCACCCUCAUGGACACGCCGGUCUUCCAAGCCAUCCUGCCAGAGGAGCUGUCGAGCUGCGGCUGGAACAAGAAAGAGAAGCACAGCUCUUCACCCAAUGUUGUGGCUUUCACCCGGAGGUUCAACCAGACAAGUUUCUGGGUCGUACGGGAGAUCCUUCACGCCCAGACAUUGAAGAUAAGGGCCGAAGUGUUGAGUCUCUACAUCAGGACUGCCAAGAAACUGUGUGACAUUAACAACCUGCACGCGGUCAUGGCGGUGGUGUCCGGCCUGCAGAGCGCGCCCAUCUUCAGACUCUCCAAGACCUGGGCUUUGCUGAGCCGUAAGGACAGGGCUGCGUUUGAGAGGCUGGAGUACCUGAUGGCAAAAGAGGACAACUACAAGCGUCUGAGGGACUACAUCAGCAGCCAGAGCAUGUGCUCCUGCAUCCCCUACCUGGGUAUGUACCUGUCUGACCUGACCUAUGUGGACUCGGCAUACCCCUCUACCGGCAGUAUCCUGGAGAACGAGCAGCGCUCCAACCUCAUGAACAACAUCCUGAGAAUCAUCUCUGACCUGCAGAGGUCCUGCGAGUAUGAUAUACAAGUAUUACCCCACGUGCAGAAGUAUCUAAACUCAGUACGGUACAUAGAGGAGCUGCAGAAGUUUGUGGAAGAUGACAACUACAAGUUGUCCUUAAAGAUUGAACCAGCCAUCAGCACCCCUCGUUCCACUGCCUCCAGAGAAGACCUUGUAGGACCAGAAGUGUCUGCUUCACCACUGUGUGGUCGCCGGUGCAACAUCGCAGAGAGCUCCAAGGUCCCCGGCACUCCACCGUCGCCCCGCAACCUGCUACCAUACGGACACAGGAAGUGCCACAGCCUGGGCUACAACUUCAUCCACAAGACGAACGUGGAGUUUAAGAGCGCCACCUUCCCCAACGCAGGCUCCCGACACCUGCUGGACGACAGCGUCCUGGAGAGCCACACUCCUGCGAGAGGCCAGACCGAGAGCUCCACACUAUCAAGCGGCAUAUCACUGGGAAGCAGCGAAGGCUCCGAACUCAGUGAGGAGAUGUCGUGGCCUGCCUUCGAAAGGACGCGCUUCUAUCACUCUCUGGGCCCCAUCACCCGGGUGGCCCGCAUUACAUGCAGAGGAGUCCUCAAGCCCAGCAGCUCGGCUGAGUCUGAGGAGCUGGCGGUGCAUCUGUACCCGGGGGUCGUGACGCUGCAGGGUGUCCUGCGCCGGAAAACGGUCCUCAAAGAGGGCAAGAAACCCACGGUUGCAUCAUGGACUAAAUAUUGGGUGGCUCUUUGUGAGACUCAUCUCUAUUACUACCCUGCCAAGUCUCUCAAGGCCACCGAGAGGAAGCACUUCAAGUCGACGUCCACUAAGAACAUGUUGGUGGUGGGCCUGAUGGCCAUGAUGCCGGAUGACCCAGAGCAUCCCGACGUCUUCCUGCUGACUGACUCGGAGCACGGCAACUCGUACAAGUACCAGGCAGGCAACAGGAUGAACGCGCUUCUUUGGUUUAAACACCUAAGCACAGCAUGCCAGAGCAACAAGCAGCAGGUCCCAGCUAAUCUGAUGUCCUUUGAGUGAUCGGCAUGGGAUGACACAGACCAACAGAUGGAGAGCAAACAGGAAAACCAAACAGAAGAGAGACAGAGAGAGAAAAGAAGGGUGGCGGAGGAGACAAAGAGAAGAGAAGAAGGGAAGACACUCAACAAUACUGGGAGCUUGCCACUGCCAUGAGCCCACCCCUCAGCCUCACUGCUACCCACCCCAACCCCACUUGCCACCAUUGCCUUAAGGAGUGGUGUGUGUGUGUUUUGUGUGUGUGUGUGUGUGUGCGUGUGUGUGUGCGUGCGUGUGUGUGAGUGUGAACCUGCAGACACUCAGCAGCCGAAGCAGCACAGUUGCAGUGCCCCUCACCUGAGACUGCAGCAGGCCCAUUGAUGGGGACCUUGGGCUAAGUGUCCUCUUCCUCCUCCUCCUCCUCCUCCUCCUCCUCCUCCUCCUCCUCUCUCUCGCUCUCUCUCCCCCUUGCUUUCUCUGGAUUCCACCUAUUGUAUCUUUUCUACACUUUGCUCUGGAACGUUAAACCAGCACCGCCACCAGAACUCUCAGAGCCUGACCUAAAAAGAAACGAGAGGAGAGGAGAGGAGAAGAGAAGAGUGCGCCAGUGAUGAACCUCGCUGGGGACCUUUUGGGGACUUUCAUCUACAGAGACCACAAGAGGUCUCUACUCCUCUCCUCUUUGGUGACUGUUAUGUUUUUGUUGUGGUAUUACUUCUUUUUGCUUUGAGUGUUGGUUGUGGGAUGUGUGUAACUCUGUGUGUGUGUGUAUCGAGUGUUGAUUGUGUGUGUAGUAGUGUGCGUGCACCCCUCACUCAAAAAUGGCUGUGUCACUCCUCUAUCAGCCUCUAACAGAAACAGACUGCUUGACUAUAAAAGGAAGUUUGUCUCACAUGAUUUCACCCUCUUUUUCACUUGAUCUCACCCUCAUACACAGUUCAUAAACACACACACAACACUGAUUUUCUUACACACUUGACUUGGGCUCAAAGAAGAAGCAUCAACACGUGUUUUACACGAGCAAGUAGAAGUUUCACACUUGUAAAAGUGAUUGCGACACACAUAAAUGUAAAAAGGGCUCCAACACUUGAUGAAUACCAGAUGAAAAAACUCUUUUAAAAGACUAUUUACCCCUCAUUUCCCCCUUGCAUCUUCUCUGUGUGCUCAGCUGCAGAUCUGAAGAGCGAGAAGGACAGAUUGUGAAAUGGGGGAGGAAGUAUAGGGCACUGAUGUUCAUUUGAUGAAAAGGUGUCCUUUCAGUUUCGUUUUUUUUUUCUUUCUUUUCUUUCGUGGCUGAAGGAUGAACUCAAUCUGAUCUGCAGGUAGUCUCCCAUUGUAUCACUGUGAUGGCCGGUGGGAAUGUGACCUUUUCAGAGGGAGAUAUUCUGUGAGCAGCCGUUUACUGUAAUCUGCUGCACCGCCCCAAUGUGUGAGACUGGUCACCCCUGUAGAAACCCCCCUCCCCUGUCUGCCAACAAUGCGUUUGGGUGUGUGUUUGUGUGUCUCUGUGUGUGUGUGUAAGGAAGAGAUGACAACUACCCUCACAUAAAGAUGUGAAAAGCUGAGAAAAGAAAGUCAACAAAAGUCAGUAUGAGAGCAUGUGUGUUUUUUAUAUAUAUAUAUAUAUAUAUAUAUAUAUAAUUAUUUUGAGCUUUUAGAUGAGGUCAGCCACAGCCUAGGAUGAGUGGCUUCAUAUACCCUUUUUCUGUAUGUCUGUCUCUUUUGCAUGUGAGAAUGUGUUCAUUCCCAGUCUGACAUUAACACAAAGCUAUCAUGGAGCCAUUAGUUAUCUGUUUUUAGUUACUUUUUAUUAUAUUUUUUUAUGGCUGUUUUAGUUUUCAAUCUGAUUUUGGGAGGUUGUGUACAGUAUUAUGGUGUAGACCAAGUUGCACAUGUCUAGGUUGUUUUAAUUGUCUGUUACCUUUUUAUGUUGCAUUUCUUUAGAUGUCCUCCUGUCUUUUGUCUUUUUUUGUACCGUUGUUGAUUGUAUUUGUAAUGGAUGACCUUUUCAUGUCUCAGACAUGGAAAGUCCUAUGUUCUGCGGAGCAACGUCCUUUUCACUUCAGAUGGGCCUGGACAAUGGUCUGGCAGGGGGUUUAGGAGUUGUGGGAGUGUGUAAGUGGCAUAUGAUUAUAUUAACAAAAGACUUUUAACCCAUUUUAACAUUUAUUACACUCCGACUCCAGAGUCCGCUAAACUAGACUUUGAUGCGCAGAUCUUUUCCUUGCCGGACAUUUCAGAUUUUGUGAUUGUGUGUGAUGGGUGUGUGUGUGUCCUGUGCACAAAACAAAUCUCUGCAGCUCAGACUGUAUGUGGGAGAGAGUCAAAUGGAGGUUAGCAUUUACCAAAACCCAUUUCUGUUGAACGAGGGGGUGAGCAGGUGGUUGGGUUUUACGAAUGCUACACACAGGGGAUCUACCGUCAUAUCCUUUCUGCAAGACAACAGUGUGCUCAAGUCUGAUCUAAUGACCACCGACUUCAAACAAUACUUUCAGUUGUGUUUUGUCUUUCUCUUUAUAUUGUUGGGGGAGUCUUUCUCCAUUCCUGACUCUGAGGCAAUGCUACUGUUAGUGGUCCAGGGGGGGGACCAACAGUGCCAUCCACGGUGGUGUCUGUGGAUGGCUUCACCUUUUGCCAGCCUCCUACUGUGGUUUACACUGACCUUUUGGAUCAUUUGACAUUUCAUUUUCUUGGGAAAAUACUCGUACGUUUCAUUGAAAGUGGGGGUGGUUGAGCAUGGUAUGCUGGCAGUGUUCAGCAGUAGUCAAUCCUGAUGUUUAAUGGUUGACUGUGCGGUUGGGGAAUGGUUGAUGGAGUUUGUAGCCAAUGGGUCCUCAGGGAUCAGUUGUUUGGAACAAACAGAAAUGUCAGAUUGGGAAGAU